CAAAAAAGGGAAUCCGCUUCGUGGCCACUCGCUCCGUCGUCACCGCCCCCAAUAUACAUAUAUCCCCUCUUCUUUCUCUCUAUCGUUUCCGUACAAUCUCCCUCCAAAUCUCUUAAAUCUUUCACUCUCUCUCUCUCGCUCGCUGCAAUCUAGGGUUUAAGUUUACCCCUCUAAUGGCCUCGUACAUUGCGACCCUCUCAAAACCCUAAUAUCAAUUUUCCAACCCAUUCUAUUAGAAAAUUGUUUGGUGGAAAAUGGACGGAGCGAAUAACGAAGGAGAUGUGUCGGGAUCGAGCGGCGGCGGGGGAGCUCAGCCCAUGCCGGCGCCUGCGCCGAUGCCGAGCGCGAACGCGCCGCCGCCGUUCCUGAGCAAGACGUACGACAUGGUGGACGACCCGGCGACCGACCCGAUAGUUUCGUGGAGCGCCACCAACAACAGCUUCGUGGUGUGGAACCCGCCCGAGUUUGCCCGGGACCUCCUGCCCAAGUACUUCAAGCACAACAACUUCUCCAGCUUCGUCAGGCAGCUCAACACCUACGGUUUCAGAAAGGUUGAUCCAGACCGCUGGGAAUUUGCAAAUGAGGGCUUCUUGAGGGGCCAAAAACACCUCCUUAAGAGUAUUAGUCGGCGAAAACCUGCCCAUGGGCAUAGUCAUCAACAGCCACAGCAAUCACAUGGGCAGAGUUCAUCAGUGGGUGCCUGUGUAGAGGUUGGGAAGUUUGGGCUGGAGGAAGAGGUUGAGAGGCUUAAAAGGGAUAAGAAUGUGCUUAUGCAGGAACUUGUCAGGUUGAGGCAGCAGCAACAGACUACUGAUAAUCAGCUGCAAACCAUGGUGCAGCGUCUUCAGGGGAUGGAGCAGAGGCAGCAACAGAUGAUGUCAUUCCUGGCAAAGGCCGUGCAGAGUCCUGGCUUCUUGGCUCACUUUGUGCAGCAGCAAAAUGAGAGCAACAAGCGAAUAACUGAAGCCAACAAAAAGCGAAGGCUCAAGCAAGAAGGUAUUUCUGAGAGCGAACACUCUGCUGCACCUGACGGACAGAUUGUUAAGUACCAGCCACCAAUGAAUGAGGCGGCAAAGGCAAAGGCAAUGCUUAGGCAGAUUAUGAAAAUGGAUGCUUCCUCCAGGCUGGAAUCUUAUAAUGACAAAGAUAGUUUACUGAUUGCUGACAAUUCAUCAUCUUCGAAUGCAAUGGACAAUGGGAGCUCUCCAAGCCGUAUGUCAGGAGUGACUCUGCAAGAGGUCCCACCAACUUCAGGGCAUAGACCCUCAGCUGCAAUUUCCGAAAUUCAAUCUUCCCCUCGUGCUGCAACUUCUGAUAAAGUUACAACAAUUCCUUUCCCUGAUAUGAGUGUGCUGGUUGGAGCAGAAGAUGCAUCUUCCAUUUCUAUGCCUCAGGCAGAUGUAAUCAUGCCUGAGCUUUCUCAAAUACCUGAAAUGAUGUCCGAAAGUGUUGCUAUUCCCGAGGAAAAUUACAUGGGACCUGAAACAGGCAAUGGUGGAUUUUUAGACCCCACUUCAUUGGAAGUUAAUGGGUCUAUUCCCUUAGAAAUUGAUAUGUCCUCUGAUACUGAUAUUGAUGCCUUACUAGGUUUUAAUGUUUGGGAGGACUUUCUUGUGGAAAGUCCAGCACCAGAGGAGAUUGAAUCAAAUUAUGCUGACGGUAUGCCCAAGGGAAACGAUAUGCAGCCAAAGAACGGAUGGGACAAUGCUCAGCAUAUGGACAAGCUUACAGAACAAAUGGGCUAUCUUAGAUCAGAUAUCAAUGAGGUUUGAUAUUGUUUACUGAAUGUACAUUUUGUUUCACUCAUCUCCUAGGGUCAUACUAGUGAUCUUUACAAUCGCAUGCUCCUCUUGUUUUGGUCGUUGGAAGACCAGCUAAUACCUUGUGUACCUGUUCAGCCUAGCUUUGUUUUGCAUAUAUGGGAACCCUAGUUACAGUUUUCUUUAUUUAUUUAUUUUUAAUUAUGAUUUCCUCUACGUCAUGUUGGUAGUAACACGAAUGAACUCAACAGAGCAAGGUGGUUUUAGAGGCUAUAGCUUUGGCUUUAUGUUCCUUUUGUACAGGUCGAUGUCCUGCCCUAGGUAGACAUGGCCGUUGUCUGAAGGAACGACUUGUAAUGGAUGCUUUGGCCUAAAAUUUCAGUCAUGUAGUACCCUUUCAAAUAUUUCACUGGAUUACAGUAACCUUCUGUAAAUA